AUCUAAACAAGUAAUUGACCAAAACACAAUCUUGUGUCCAGUGAUGAUAUCUUGUAUUUAAAUUUAUUAUUUUAAAAAAGACGUCGCACUAGUCCUUCAUGUCUUGAAUGAUGAUUAUAAUCUCUAGUUGUAGUGUUUUAAUCGUGUUAACCUUUAUAGAAUGCAGUGCUUCCCAAAAUGUAUUCGUUGUAUCAGGAGAGGGUGGAAAUGAGACUCGACUCAAAGUCCAAAAUGAUAGUUACGAAUGUGUACUUCCACAAUUCCCAGAAAACGGGAUAUGGACUAUUUUAAAUGGGAACGGUGGACCAGGAAACAAAGUAGAGGAAGAUACAAUACUGAAGUUCGUAUGUAACCCAGGAUUUAUCUUAACUUCUGAAUAUCCGUAUAUGAUAUGUGAUAGACAUGGCUUCCCUAAGGAUAUACCGCAAUGUCUGAGAUCGCCAACUUAUGGGUAUGAGCAUCCCGAAAAUGUAACGCGGUCGAAACGACAAUACGACAGUUUCAAAUGCACUCUUCCCCCAUUUCCAGAAAACGGGAAAUGGACUAUAAUAAAUGGAGAUGGACGACCAGGACAAGAAGUUGAAGUCGAUACAGGAUUGAAGUUUCAAUGUCAUCCCGGAUAUAAAUUAACUCCCAAACACCCAUAUAUAAUCUGUGAUACCAACUGGAGCCCCGAACUGAUGCCAAAAUGUCUGAUGUGCAGUAUGUCUUCCUUCAUUGACGCUGGUAAAUCCGUGGAGGGUAAGGUCAACAUCCUGCAGGACGUGGUGGUGCAGCAAUCGGAGCUACCGCAGGAUAUCGUGGACUUAACGGAAUUCCAACUUGGACCUCCACUUAGCCUCCUUUCUGUAGAAGUUGUAUUGGUAACGGCGGAUCCAAAACCCGGAUGCAGCUGGAAGGAGGAUGUUCUUUCGACCACCCCUUCUUCUGAAACGAAGAGCACUGCCAAAGUUGCGAAGAAGGGGUCGAAGAUUGUCGAUAAGAGAGCGGCACCGAGCGGUUGUGAUGAUGACUUUGCUGCUCCCGAACCGGUUAAGAAGAGGAGGCCCGCCGCUAAGCCAAAACAGGUGAUGGCAGAAGUAUAUGGAGAUGUGGGACGAGUCUAA